CUGGCGUGGCAUGACGUCACCCGGUGGCGCCCCGUGUAGCUGCUGCGAUGGCUGGGGUCCCGGAGCCCGCGGUGGACGACCCUCUGCGGAGCUUUGUGCGUGUCCUGGAGAAGCGGGAUGGCGCGGAGCUGCGCUUGCAGCAGUACGGCUCUGGAGGUGUGGGCUGCGUGGUCUGGGACGCCGCCAUCGUCCUCGCCAAGUUCCUGGAGACGCCGGGCUUCGCUGGCCCCGGGGCCCACGCGCUGAGUCGGCGGUCGGUGCUGGAGCUGGGCUCGGGCACCGGGGCUGUGGGGCUCAUGGCUGCGACCCUCGGGGCAGAUGUGGUAGUCACCGACCUCGAGGAGCUGCAAGGCCUGCUGAGUAUGAAUAUUGAUCUGAACAAGCAUCUUGUGACCGGUUCUGUGCAAGCCAAGGUACUGAAAUGGGGGGAAGACAUAGAGGACUUGACUUCUCCACCAGACUACAUACUGAUGGCAGACUGCAUAUACUAUGAAGAGUCUCUGGAACCAUUGCUGAAAACUCUAAAAGAUCUCAGUGGAUCUGAAACGUGUAUUAUAUGUUGUUACGAACAACGUACAAUGGGAAAAAAUCCAGAAAUUGAGAAAAAAUACUUUGAGCUCCUUCAACUAGAUUUUGACUUUGAAGAAAUUCCUUUGGAAAAACAUGAUGAAGAAUAUCGAAGUGAAGAUAUUCAUAUUAUACACAUCAGAAAGAAAAAAUCAAAACUGCCAUCAUGAAUCCCUCUCCUAUCUUAACCAAGCCCCUGACAUCCAGGAUGGAGCAUGUGGAUACAUCAUGGAAUGAUUUCUCCAGCAUGACCUAGAGAUCUGAUACGUGAAUAACAAGCGCCACAGACUGCCCAGGAUGGGAAGUGACUGCAGCUUAGGUUAACUUAGCCUUAGCAUCAUUCUCCAUCAAAGAAAUACUGGGAAUCACUCCCUCAAAUAAAAAGUCAAUUUUGAAGUUAGCCUCAAGUCUGCCAAAAAAACCCAGUAAAGCAGCAUGGUUGACUCUGGAUUUUCAAGAAGCUGGAGAUAAGUUGAUCUAAUUUCUCAUGAUAGCUAUCUGUUAUUAUGCAGUGAUGCUUUAAAUUCAAAACAGUGAAUGUUAAAUUGUCUUUACUGAGUUUUAGCUUCAUAUACCUGUAAUACUUAAAUGUUCUUUUACUUUUAAAAGAAGCUGAAAAUAGUGUCUUUUCAUUGGCCAGAGUUUUUUUCCUUAUCACAGAUGUGUGAGUGAUUUAAAUAGUAAAAGGUUCUGUAGUAAGUUGCUAAGGUUGGGAGAGAAGGAAGGAGUGACAAAAGAAAGCAGAGUUUCAGGCUUGUGUAUUUAUGUGGCUCGUGCAGUUUUCGUGUAUAUAUCGUUUAAAACACUGGCAUUAAGAUGACUUGUUCACAUGAAACAGUGAAAGAUUUCUGAAUAACUACAAAUGUAGUUCUAUACACAUUUAUCAAAUGAUUUUUAUUGUAUUAUCUGUAGGUUUUGUUGGGAUAAUCACCUACCUGCUCACAAGACUAAUCUGUCAAGGACUUAAAUGCCACAGUUCCAAAAAGUAGGAACCAGGUGGAAUUCUGGAAUUUACAGGCAUUGGUGCUAGAUGGCACAUUUUAUGUGUUGAAAUAAACAUUGUCUUUGAAGCCUUG